AAUACAACAGCGUUCAUGUUUUGUGAUUGGAGGUUGGAUGGCGAAUAAGGAAUAAAAGCGGUGCGAUCACUGCGAUUUAAUAAAAUGGCGACAAGUACCUCCUCGAGUUCAGCAUCAGUCGUUGAAGCCGCCAGUUCAACGGAUUUACCAACAAUAGGAAAAAUGGAAUCAAUGGAAGUAGCUGCAGAUGCUAUACAAACUAAUGGACAGAUUCCAAAGGAUUCGUCUCUUUCUCCUGAUUCCAAGGAAGAUCAAGUGAAUGUGGAAGAGAUGACCUCUAGGGAUUAUUAUUUUGAUUCAUAUGCUCACUUUGGUAUACACGAAGAGAUGUUAAAAGAUGAAGUGCGGACUCUGACAUACAGGAAUUCAAUGUUUCACAAUAAGCAUUUGUUUAGGGGAAAAACUGUCCUAGACAUUGGUUGUGGAACUGGUAUUUUGUCAAUGUUUGCUGCGAAGGCAGGAGCUGCUCGUGUCAUUGGUAUUGAAUGCUCAAACAUCGUCGAGUAUGCCAAGCAGAUUGUCGAAGCCAACAAUUUAUCUGAUAUCAUCACUAUAGUCAAAGGAAAAGUGGAGGAAGUCUCAAUGCCAGAUGAUAUCACAGAAGUCGAUAUCAUUAUAUCGGAAUGGAUGGGAUACUGCCUAUUCUAUGAGUCUAUGCUGGACACAGUAUUGUAUGCAAGGGACAAGUGGCUCAAACCAGGGGGUAUGCUGUUCCCUGACCGAGCCACGCUGUUCAUCUGCGGUAUCGAGGACCGACAGUACAAGGAUGAGAAAAUCAACUGGUGGGACGAUGUGUAUGGCUUUGAUAUGAGCUCUAUACGCAAGGUGGCAAUCAGUGAACCACUUGUGGACGUAGUUGACCCUAAACAGGUGGUGACCAAUGCGUGUUUAAUCAAGGAAGUGGAUUUAUACACUGUGACAAAGGCAGAUCUGAACUUCAGCGCUCCAUUCCACCUCCAAGUGAGACGCAACGAUUACAUACAAGCACUGGUGACCUUCUUCACCAUAGAGUUCACCAAGUGUCACAAGCGGAUAGGGUUCAGCACAGCCCCUGAGGCGCCCUACACUCAUUGGAAACAGACUGUUUUCUACCUCAAUGAUUACAUGACAGUGAAGAAGAAUGAAGAAAUCUACGGCACUUUUGGGAUGAAGCCUAACCAGCGAAACAACCGUGAUUUAGAUUUCUCUCUUGACAUUGAUUUCAAAGGUGAACUGUGCGAGAUCCAUGAAUCGAACAGUUACCGGAUGCGCUAAUUGGUCGCUAUGCCAUUAGAUACUUCCCGGUACCCUGUACUCGUACGCUCUUCGAGUGAGGUCAAGCUAGUGAGGCUGGCCCAGGAGAAUUUUUACUAUUCAAAUUUGUUGUACACUAUAACUGAAUCCAACAUGUAGUUGACAUAUAAUUAUGUCUGUCAUGUUAAAGAAGUAAGGUAGAUUUUAAAACUGUGACUAAUUUUUAGAGGAUACAAAUAAACCAAGCUGGUUUUCAUAAUGUACAGUAACUAAAUGCUUACGGAUGUUUGUAGUCAUCUCAACCACCUUUGGUGGCAAUCAGUCAGUAGAAAGUUAAUUUUGAUUUUUUCCUAUUUUCUUCUAAGAAAUGUAGCUUGUAUGGUAACAUUUUAAAUAUUAUAAACAGAAUUCGAUAGUUUUUAUAAAGAAAACUACUCCAUGGAAAAGAUAACUCAUUACAGUAACAUAUAAAGUUAAUUAAAAGUGUUAAGUAUUGUUAAAAGUUUUAAUAAUAUUUACAUAACCCUUUUAAUUAAAAGCUUUACUUAGUACAACAAUUAGACUUUGUUCUAAUUGAGGGCUAUAAACGGUAGAUAAUGUUUGUAUUGGAAUAAUGGCAAUAAAUCAGGAUCCGAUAACUUGAUCAGUAAUGCUCUGAUGUCAACAAUUAUAUUAUGCCAGCAAAAGAACUCUUCUUAAUAGCUGGAUAAUUUACCAAAAAAAGGUAUCUAUUUCAAGAUUAGAGAAAAAUAAAAAUUCAAUUUUAUUAAUUACGUUGUUGCCCAUUGUAAGAUACGUUUAACUUGAAGAUGAAUUCUUAUUGUGUUACAAAAAGGAAAGGUAACAUGAUAUAAUACAUUAUUGUAAUAAGCAUGCAUUUUCUACUUCAUUCAUUUUUAAAUUUAAAUUAUAAAUAUUGGCUUUCAUUUAUAAUUGGAAAGAAUAUAUUGUAGGUAUGUGCUACAUUUUAAUAUUUGUAAUAUUUCAAUGUUGAGAAAAUUUUAGAAUCUGAAAAAGCUUGGAUAACCUUAAGUUUAUUGUAGAAAUAAGUUUAUUCUGUGUUAGAAAUGUAUAAUUAAAAAAAGAAGAAAUUUCAGGCUUGAAUUAUUUUUUUAAACAUUGUUACCAGUAACAAACAAAAAUAUAUGGUAAUGUUAAAAAUUGAGCUUGUAUUGGUCUUUUAUAUGUUAUAUUUUAAAUUUUACAUUGAAAACUCAUCAUAACUAAUAUAGUAUAACUUUUUACUUGGUGAGGCCUUUCGAUAACAAGGCUAUCUUAUUCAGAUACACCACAACAGGUUCAGACAGGCUGACAGUCAAUUGGCCAUACUUGCGGAUACUCCACUUUUCUUGAAAAUUGAAUGUCGGUAUGUUUGAUGUAGAACGGUUUGUAAAAGAAGUUCUGAACAAUUCAUCGUGCAUGCACACUGUGGACGGCAACAAUCGGAUGGCUUGCAUUCUCUCGAUUAAACUGCUCCAUUUAAUCCAGUAUAUUACGAAUCGUGUAGGACUGACUGAUCGCCGCAAUUAAGCUUGCACAAUUCUCGCUCAUGUGUAAACCGAGUUAUGACAUAGUCACAGUGAUAACACAUGUUAAUAACACAUUUAAUCAUAAGUGCAGAGAUGUUUAUAGUUUGUAAAUUAAAGUCAUGUCUUAUUAACUGUGUUUUCAUGGAGAAUGAAAUUCUCUGAUUAAUCUCGCUUUUCCGGGUUGGGUGGGGACCUUGAAUUUCUUUUUACAUCAAAUCUGGAGUAAUUAAGUUUGCUAGUAAUCGAAAAAAUAUUUAUGAUGAAAUAUGGCAAGGGGGAAUGCCGUUGUAUAAAUUCGACCUGUCAAUUUUAUUUCUUGAUCCACAAUAGGUUAAUAAAUAUAUUUUAAAUAAAUAUAUGAGUGUUAUAUAUUGCAGCUCAUAGAAAAAAGAUGCAAGUUUUUCACUGAAUUGAUUAAUAACUGCAACUGCAGUUCAUUGAAGUUUCUUUGGAGACAGUCUAUUUUUAUUGUCUUGAUGUUGCAUUAUAUGAUGUUAAGAUAGUCUAGUUCUGUAUCUAAUAAACACUCUUUAUCAUUUUAUUUGACUUUUUUAGAAAACGAGACCAAAUAAACUAAGUAAAAUUGAAAUCUGUUUCAUAAAAAACAUACACAUUUCACAAUUUGUGUUAAAAUUAAAUGAAACUGUUGAUUGGAGUUUAGAAGAUAUCUGUAAGAUGGAAAUUUUAGUGAUUGAACUUUAUAGACCUGUAACAUUAAAUUUAUAUUCUUUCCCUACAAUAAGUUUGUUUAUUCAACAACAUGUAUUGCAGUCUAAAAUUGUUGGAUUCCAAGAAUGGAUGUAGGGUUAAAAAAUAAUAAUAUAAAUAAUGAUACAUAUUUUAUUAAAAACUAUAAUAAAAUAAUACAAAAAAUAAUUUGAAUAGUUAUAAUGUUAAAGUUGUACUUCCUGUAUUUACCGCCAUCCUAUACUCCAUUAUCAUCCGUUUAUAUAUACACAUACAUAAAAAUGUACGUAUGUAUGUAUGUAUGUGGUACCAAGUUUAUAAAUAUAUGAACAUUAUUAAAUUAUAUUUUGAAUACAAACAAGCUAUAAAAUAUCACAAUGUACUGUGUUUAAUAAUGUUCUUUACAUUGGACUCAGUAAAUUUUAUAAUCGUAUAUAAUUGAAAUUAUUACUGCAUAAAACAUUAAAUUAUUUCUUGAAGGAUAAUAAAUAAAGUUAGCUCCUUCUUUAUCACUCUGAAAAACACAAAUGUUACACAAAAAUAAUACUCCGUUUGGCUAUUUUGGCUACUCUGUUGUACAUAUUGAGUGGAGUUGAAGAGUCUUAACUAAUGGGACAUACAACCCUCUGCUGGGGCUUACUGUCCAUGUUGUGUGUGUGGGGUGUUGCCAUUACAACCCAAGGCCACAGGUACAUUCCACUGGUCACUGUAAAUUUUAACUUUAUAGAUAUAAAGGUACAACUAUGUCAUUUGAAACUCAACAUAAGGUUGAAAUGUUCUUUAUAUUUUAGUAAAUUGUACUAAAUAUUGUAAAUUAUAAAAUUGAAAUUAUGUUAGACGUAUACAGCCAUGUGGAACUAAUUAAUCGUAUUAUUGAGAAAUUGUAUAUUUGUUACUUAGACAUUAAUAUUGAUAACCGACUUAUUACACUUAAAAUGUUACCUGUUUCUGAUAUCCAAUUUCCCAAAUCUACUUGUGUUUUUGCAUAUAAAAUAAAUUUAAAGGGUUAUUGGUUAAGUCAAUUACUUUUUUAAUAAUAAAAUCAUAAUUAAUCUAUAUAUAUAUAUAAUUUUAUCAUUAUGUAAAUGAAAAAAUAAUAAGGAGGUGCUGUGUCGGUAAAGAGAUAAAAAUACAAGUCUCGCUGCUGAAGCAAGAUAGCCAGAAAGAGACCCUUUACACUGUGAAAAUUAGUUACAGCUAUGUAAUACAGUUGACACCUGACAUAAACGUACAGAAUUCUACUGACUGGGUAACAUCAAAACCUUUACACUGUGACAACUGGUUAAAGCUGUGUAUUACAGUUGUAUUACAUGGCACUAGUGAAUUCUACUGACAGUGGAUUACAACAGUACCCUUUACACUGUGACAACUGAUUACAGCUGUGAAUUACAGUUGACACCUGACAUGGCAGUAGAGAGUUAUACUGAAUGUGGGUAACACCAAUACCUAUACACUGUGACAACUGGUUACAGCUGUGUAUUGUAAAUGUUGUACUACAUGGGACCAGUGAAUUCUACUGACAGUGGAUAACAGUACCCUUUGCACUUUGACAACUGGUUACAGCUGUGUAUUACAGUUGACACCUGACAUGGCAGUAGAGAGUUAUACUGAAUGUGGGUAACACCAAUACCUAUACACUGUGACAACUGGUUACAGCUCUGUAUUGUAAAUGUUGUAUUACAUGGCACCAGUGAAUUCUACUGACAGUGGAUAACAGUACCCUUUGCACUUUGACAACUGGUUACAGCUGUGUAUUACAGUUGACACCUGACAUGGCAGUAGAGAGUUAUACUGAAUGUGGGUAACACCAAUACCUAUACACUGUGACAACUGGUUACAGCUCUGUAUUGUAAAUGUUGUAUUACAUGGCACCAGUGAAUUCUACUGACAGUGGAUAACAGUACCCUUUGCACUUUGACAACUGGUUACAGCUGUGUAUUACAGUUGACACCUGACAUGGCAGUAGAGAGUUAUACUGAAUGUGGGUAACACCAAUACCUAUGCACUGUGAUAACUGGUUACAGCUCUGUAUUGUAAAUGCUGUAUUACAUGGCACCAGUGAAUUCUACUGACAGUGGAUAACAGUACCCUUUGCACUUUGACAACUGGUUACAGCUGUGUAUUACAGUUGACACCUGACAUGGCAGUAGAGAGUUAUACUGAAUGUGGGUAACACCAAUUAUUCUACACUGUGAUAACUGGUUACAGUUGACACCUGACAUGGCAGUAGUGAAUUCUACUGACUUUGGGUAACACCAAUACCCUUUUGGCACCCCCCGGUUCAACCCCAAUUCCUGGUUAUCUUUUAUUGACUAAUACACAAAAUACAAUGGGUGUACAACAGCUGUAUUGUGAAGUCGAGAAAGAGAAAGUACAGAUCAUUUGAAAAUCCUACAAUAUUAAUUAAUUGUUGAUAAGAACUUUCAGACGUUUUUGUUUUAUAUAUGCUUCUGAUUGAUUUAAACUCCUAAUGGGAAUAAUGUAGUGAAAAUUUACUAAUAUUUUGUGGUCUAUCUAGUCUACCAAUAUUUAUUUUGUGAAUCAUCAUAUAUGUUACCUGUACUUUAUUUUUACUCGAAUAAAUGUUUUUUUCCACCAA